AUGGCUCCCAUUGCAAAGAGACGUCGCAUUAGCCCAGAGGUCGAGUCACCUCCUGCUUCUACCCAAAAUGGAGUCUCAUCCGAGGAAAAGAUCGAGGAUUUCUACCGCAACGCCGCUGGAUGGGACCUGGAACAGGAUUACGAAAACCGACCACGCAACCUGAAGAAAAAGAAGGAAGAAACAAGGCUGCCUAUCAAGACCUCGGAGGGGUGGGUUGAGCAGGCCCCUGCUGUUGUUGAGCAGAAAGAGGAGGACGCCGACAGUUUUCUGGGAAGCGGCGACGAGGCCGAGGCUGUUGACGAAGAUGACGACGAAGAGGAAGAUGAGGAGCCAGAGGUGCCACAAAUUUCACCACGCGAACAGAUUCUCCAGGCCAAGGAGGACCUUGCGCGCGUCGCCAGCUUGAUUUCAGAAGACCCGGAAGAACACAUUGGCCAACUCAAGAAACUGCAAGUUCACGCAACGUCACAAAACAGAACCGUCGUCAAGCUAUGCAUGGCUACGCAACUCGCCAUCUACCGCGACAUCAUUCCCGGCUACCGUAUCCGUCCCGUUUCCAAGGAAGAGUUGAAGCAGAAGUUAUCCAAGGACGUCCGCAAACUACGCAACUUUGAGCAAAUGCUUGUUGGCGGAUACCAUGAGUAUGUCAGAUCUUUGACAAGAGCUGCCAAGAAGAGCGGUGACAAGAACAAGGAAGCUGCUUCUGUCGCCACCGUUGCCAUCUCUUGCGCCUGCACUCUUCUCAAUACCGUUCCCCACUUCAACUUCCGUGGCGAUCUCAUCAACAUCUUGGUCGGCAGACUCAGUAUCAGACAGGUGAACCCAGAUUUCCACAAAUGUGUCGAGUGCCUCGAGACUCUGUUCCGCGACGACGAGGAUGGAAAUGCUUCUCGCGAGGCUGUCGAUUUGCUAUGCAAGAUGAUGAAGUCGCGAAGCUACAACAUCCACGAAUCUGUGCUAAACACUUUCUUGCACUUACGACUACUUUCCGAGUUCGCACACAGAAGCAGUAGCACUCGUACCGAUAAAAGCGAGGAUGAGCCGGCCGUCAAGCAAAAGCAAAAGCGAGAAUUCAGAACGAAAAAGGAGAGAAAACGUCUGCGCGAAGUCAAGGGUGUAGAGAAAGAGUUUAGAGAAGCCGACGCGACCGUUUCACACGAAGAGCGUGACAAGAACCAGUCUGAGAUGCUGAAGUUGGUUUUCGUUGCAUACUUCCGUAUUCUCAAGCAACGAGUACCUCAGCUCAUGGGUGCUGUGCUUGAAGGUCUGGCCCGCUAUGCUCAUUUGAUCAACCAGGACUUCUUCGGUGAUAUCCUGGAAGCUCUUCGCGAACUCGUCAUCUCAACCGAGGCUGCUGAGCAAGCACUUGCUGAAGAAGACGAGGAUGCCUCUACUGCGCCGAGGAACAUCAACCGCGAAUCUCUUCUUUGCAUCAUUACAGCAUUCGCCCUUCUUCAAGGCCAAGACGUGGUCAAGAGUGUUGGCUCUCUACAUCUGGAUCUCGAAUUCUUCAUCACUCACCUCUACAAGACGCUUUUACCAUCAUCAAUGAAUCCCGACUUGGAGUUGAGUGCCAAAUCUCUGCGUCUGAGAGAUCCCCAUGGCAACGACGACGAAGCUCUUCUCCCUCAGCAGGCCAAGCACAAGAUCAACGUUCAGACGACAACUGUGUUGCUCCUUCGCUCGUUGUCAUCUGUCCUGCUACCGCCGCAAAACCUCCGUUCUGUUCCUCCGCUUCGUCUCGCAGCUUUCGCCAAACAACUCCUCACUAUCUCUUUGCAACUACCUGAGAAGUCAUGUUUGGCCAUGAUGGGUCUGUUGCAGCAAGUGUCCAAGGUACAAGGCAAGAAGAUCGCAGCGUUAUGGUACACUGAGGAGAGAAAGGGAGAUGCGUUGUACUAUGCGCCACAGAUCCAGGCCUACAUCCAGGAGCAACGAUCAGAAACGCAUAAUCAUAUAAAUGAUCAAUCCGAACAACACAUUCCCCAUGAUGAACCUCGAGCUCUGGAGCCGGGACAGCAACAAGCAGUACCUCCACCACGGCCCUUUAUCGAAGACGCCGAAGAGGACGAGCAAGAGCAACCAGACGCCCCCUUCAACGACUUCGCUGGACCUGCAGGUCCGCCUCAAGAUGACGACGAUGGAGAGCCCGGUCCCGUGAACCCACGUCCUCAGGCACCUCCAGGCAGCAACAACAAUCGCACGAUUGGUGCCAAAAAGGCAAAGUCUUUGCAACGUCGUGACCAACGCCGCGCUUACCACGAAUUCAUGCGUUCGCAGGGCGAAGCUCAGCGUGCGAGAGAUGCCGAGGGAGCAGAGGAACGUGAAGCACAGCUCGCGGCCGAGAGAGCUAGACGUGCAGCAAAAGAGGCAGAGGUGGAGGCCAAGCGAGCGAAGGAGAGGGAAGAGAAGAGGCUAAAAGAAGAGAAGGCGAGAGAGGAAGAGAUGCAGAGACGAGAGGGAGCUGUGCGACUUGUGAGGGAACAGCUCGGAACCAGACGAAUCGUUGAUCUCGAGGAUGUAGCAAGACGAAUUGGUGGUAAUGUCGGUCGUGAAUGGGUCGAGGGAUUGGUCAGAGCCUCGGGAUUGCUUGCCGAGAGUCAAGGACAAUAUCACACAAUGAUCACGGCAAAUGGAUGGGUGGUCAGAGUCGAAAGAGAGGACAUGGAGGCUCUGUACAGCGAUGCUGUGGCAACUGCGGACGAGGAUGGCACAGUGUCGUAUUCCGAGCUUGGCGGACGACUGGAGAGCAUCUUGGAGAAAGGUCUUGCUGCUAGAUAA